CCCUCCUCCCUGCCUCACCACUUUCAGCGUGCAUCUUCUCUCUCCCUCUCGGACUCGUUUGCUUUAUUUCCGCUUCCUCGUCACAAAAGCAGUUCAUGUGAACGAGCUGCGAGAGGAGACUGGACUGGAGAAGAACACACAACGCUGGUAGCAGGCAGGUCCAGUAAGGAUGGGGCUGCUCAGUCCGGGGAGCUUCCAAGGCUGGAAAACCACAUCAGAGCAGAGACGACUUUGAUAAGAUUGCACCACAGAUCUAACAGCAUGUGAGUUGCCAGGCUGUGUAGUGCUGAGGAUGAGCUGGCUGGUGACAGAAGUGGUGGCUAAUGCCAGCAGACACACUUUGUUUGGAAGGACUUGAUCCCGCUCCCUCGGCAGGUCUUUCUUCAGGAUAUUCAGACGUCUUUUCUCCUCCCUGCAUAUGCCGGGCAUCCAUAGGUAAUUAGAGACCCAGAACUGGUACAUCACUACAGCAGCAGCGUUACCAUGGAGACUGGAAAGCCAGGACUGGCAAACGUUCCAGCGUGCAUCAGCUCCGUCGCAGCACAGGCAGAGAAAGGGACGGACAACCAGACCCCGCUCAGAGCCGUUUACAUCCACACAGUCCCCGCGUUGCCAGUGCAGCCACACAUUCAGCCUCCUGCCGCUGCCCGAGAGCUGAGCACACUCCAUCUGGCUCUGCCGCCUCUCUACUCCAAGGAGACGCUUCCAUUUCUGACUCUACAACUCACUGGUGGGCUGCAGCCUCAGCCACGACUGAAUCUGGCAGCUGCUGCUCCCGCAGCAAAACCUAAGUCUGCAGGCAAGCACGUGUGCCCUCACUGUGGACGUGACUGCAUGAAGCCCAGUGUGCUGGAGAAGCACCUCCGCUGCCACACCGGGGAACGACCUUACCCCUGCACCACCUGCGGAGUGUCCUUUAAGACCCAGAGCAACCUGUACAAACACAGACGGACCCAGGCACACGCUCGCCUCUCAUCCGAGUCCGAGCAGGGAAGCCUGGACAGCCUUUACAGUUCAAGAGAGACUUGUACUUCCAGUUUGUCUCUUGAUGAACACAGCGAGGAAUCCUGCAGCACGGAAAAGCACGACACGCUGCCAGCCGUGGAGGGCAGUCCCCCAGCCAGCACUGCACAGGCUCACAGCGUCCCGCCAGAAGGUUCCGUCGGUGCACAGAAGGAAUUGGGCCUCUCGGGUCACCGUACAGAAACUACUGAGAGCAAAGUAACAAAAGAGGAAGACAAACAGAAGUUAGAUAAUACAACACAGCCUCUGAUGGGAAGUCGACAGAUUCUGCUUCAGAGACAAGAAGCCACUCUGUUUUCCAAGCAGUGGGGAAGUUCUGUGUCUAGUGGGAAAUCCCAAAGUCAUGAGAGCACAGACUCUGGCUUCAGUGAGAGCAGCGACCACUACCCGAGUCCAAGCAGUGUUCUACCUGACCACAGUAUGGAUUCACUCACUGAAUCCAAUAAGGAGCAUCUUGGAGAAACCCUGAGCGUGCACGCGUCUUCUGACCACAGAGAACAAGAUUCCAAACGCGCGGUGAGAAAGCAGGAGCAGAAGCUGCUGGUAGAACGCAUUUCUAAGCUGAUCUCUGAGAAUACAGCCGUCGUGGAGGACAAGCAACUAGAAAAUGUACGACCAAGGAAAACAAUUCUGUCAAAGCAGGGUAGCAUCGACCUCCCCAUGCCAUACACCUACAAAGAUUCCUUCCACUUCGACAUGCGGAUCAACCAAACUCAGAAUAUUGGUUUGACUAAACACAGCAAGCCUGAACUGCACAGCUCUGUUCCCGCUCCGCGCACCCCCUCCAUGCAGCAUGCCCCCUUUACCCGCAGCAGCUCCCUUCCGUUCAGCUUUACCCUCAAGCAGCCAGAGGGAAGCAGUCCAACCUCCCGCCACCAGCCUGAUUACGUAACUGUCGCCCGCAGGGGAAGCUUGGGCCAGAUCAACCCAACAGAUUCAGCAAGGAAGCCUGUGAACCAGCAUUCAUCUGCCCACCGCCCACUGGUGCGACAGACAGCCGUAGACUGCAACCACGCAACAGAUGGCCUCUUCACAAAUUCAUCUGUGGAGGAGGCAUGGACCAGCAGCCUCGGCUGCAACGGGGAUGUUGGUGACGUUUGUGGAGAGCCAAACACCAAAAAGUUUCGCAGGAAAAAAGCACAGAAGUUUGCUUACAACAAGUGGUACAUGUACGGGGGCGGGACGUUCAAAAGGCUCUACGAUCCAGACAAACGUGUAGAGAACGGCACCGUCAAAGGCAGGAAGUGUUCAACAAACCUCCAGCUUGUUCACGAUCUGCAAAAAGCAGCGUCGGCGGACCACACAGAGACCGUCCCAACGAUGCUGCGUUUCACAAAGAGCGGUGCAACAGCAGACCGUCCUCCUGCCAGUCCGUCCCUCGUCCCUCCAGGUGACUCUGGUUUACCGACACGUCCGCUUGAACCAUGUCGCAGUCCUAUCAGGGCUCCACUUGGGAGAAACUCAUCACUGUCGAUGCUCCCUGUCCCCGCCAUCAGACCGCUGGUUAGCCAUAAAGCAGAGUGCUGCACCAGACCAGAGACCGUGAAACCCACUAGUGCUCCAGAGCAUACAGACUCAUCGUGGCAGCUCUGUGGAGACCACCUUCCCUCCGACAGGAAAAAACAGAGAACUGAUCACAAAACGAUCUUCCCCAUGGAUCUGGAGACUGUCCCAAACACAUCAGCUCCCCCUCCUUCCUUGGUCACUUUCAGCGUGCCUCAGCGUGGCACUAACGUCACCUUUGUGCACGCUCUAACAAACCCAAAGCACACUGAGCCCAAAGCAGCCCUCUUUCUGCCGUGUGGAGUCGAUGCGACUGCACUGGCAGUGAGCACUGCGGCCGCUGCAGCCGCCUCCGUCACCAACAACACCUUCCUGCCCAAGUACCAGCUCAAGUUACCAAACACCGCUGGUCCUGCUGCUUCGCCACACACUGUGAGCAAAUCAAAGGACACGGUCCAUCCCGAAGCAUCGGCCGCUCCCUCGGACCCAACAUUGCCUUCAGCAGCAGCUUGUGAGGAGGACUGUGUCCCUGCGCUGUCUUUAAGCCCUGCACAAGGCCAGCUUGUCUUGCCUUGUGCAGUUUCUUCUGUUAGUCAGGGUGAAACAUCACAACUCAGUGCAGCAUGCAGCCCAGCAGUUGUGCACAGGCAGGUUGCAGCAGCCACAAUUACCACAAGCUGCCUACGGAGUUGUUCAGACGGAUUAUGUGGCUCAUUAAUGCAUCCUUUGAAAUCUGCAGCUGAUUCUAGAUCUGCACACUUUUACAUGCCUCUCGCACCCGCCGCUGUAAGCUUCUGUUCACCCAAAGCCAGUGAUGUAAUGUCUGGUGCCACCCUUACAGCCGUCUCGCAUCGUCAUCCUCUCCUCAGCCUCAACCACCCUUCCACACACACUCAGGUGUCGACAGCAUCAGCUCCGGCAGAUCUCAGAAGCACAGUGCAGGUGGGUGCAACGCCCCCAGUUACUCCUUGUGUAAUGAUGCCACUGGACCAGCCAGCUCAGAAAGUCUUUCAUGUCCACACAGCAGACCUUCAGAUCUGUCUCCAGAUCAUUUCUGACGAGCAGCUCGCCCUCAUUGCACCGCAAAUCGAACGGGCGUCACGUACAGGUCUGUCACCGAUGUGUGACGCUGAAGCAAUGACCUCAGAAGGGUCUGAGACUAAAGCUCAAAGGGUUGCAGCGGUGGACUCUGGCAGUGAGGGGAGGGGCCGUGUAGAGCCACAACAGAGCUGCAGCAGACGCCGGUGUCUGCACACACUCAGCCCGGGGAGGAAAACAGCAGCACCACAGGAUGAGCCUCUAGAGAGAAAGUCAAACGAGGAGCUGCCUGAACACAGCCACCCCUCCGAGGCUUCUGCAGCGACCGUGUCUGCUCCUCCUCAAGGCUUUCCCUAUCUCCCACACACAGGUGGUCACGCGAGUGUCGUCACACCGGCGCCAAGCCCUGCAGGCAGUUCGAUGUCAACUUCUGCUUCUCUCAGAGUCGUGAAGUCAGGAGGAACUCCACCUGUAGGGAACGAGCAAAGCCGUUGUCCAGAGGAGCAGUCUUCACCAGACGAGAACGUGAGCCGUGAUGGAGCCGACUCUCAGCUGCUGUCUGUGCAUCAGAGCAGCGGGAAAAGUGACCUUCCUGGUAAUGAGAGCCAGCACAAGCCGGAACAUCGUGGCUCUGGUGAAGCUCUGACCAACAAAGGCAGUGGAGAGUGCCUCAGAUGCACCAGUGGAGAUGAGUCAGUUAUUCCCGAUGAGUGUAAAACUCCACAAACAUCCAUCCUCAGUCCUCGGGGGGAACCAGCUGUCAGCAGUGGCCAGAAUCUAUUUAGACAUGAAAAUAUGCAAUCCACCAGAGCAGGCCUUCCAGUCAGUUCCUCCAACCCACUGGAAACCAGUUCAGAGCAUUCAGAAACACACCUGGAUCAGUAUACCUCACAGUCUCCUCACACUCAGGAGAGGCCACCAGAAGGUCCAGAUGUGGCUCCGAGCAUCCGGGUUCCAACUGAAGGAGCAUGGAUUCCAGAAGAAACCUCUGGAGUGCGCUGUGCAGAGAAGAAGGAACAGCAGGUGCAGGAACAUGCAGGGAGCUCUAACUGGAGACCAGGGCACAGCAGAGUGAAGACAGGGACAACAGAGACAAGCCACCGAACACAGGAAGAGCCGGGAGGUGUUGGAGGUAGCAGAGAAGAACAGAAACAAGAAGUAAAGACAAGCUGUGGCAGACAGUCGGACUCUACCUGCAGACCCGUGGUUUUACAAGACAUGACCAAACUACAGGAAAAAGAAACAAGAAUCCAGGAGAGUUCAGAAGUUUUUCACUCUUUCUCCCUGACACAGUCAGAAGUGUCUGAAAUCCCUUCACACCACUUGAAUUUGCUCCUCAGCAACAAUCACUUACUGAACUCAACACCAGUGGAAAUCGACGAGUUUCCUCCACCAGGGGACUGCGAGAGCAGCGCCAGCCAAAACCAUGAUAUGUGUGGGUCUGAUCCAAGCCUACAUGUGAUGGCACAGGUUCAGUCAUCACAAACUAGUCCUUCAAAAACUGAACCUUGUUCUCUAUCAGUUUCACAUCAAGACAAAAACCAAACCUGCAUUCAUGUGCCCACUGACGAAGGCCACAGUACUGCAGGCAGCAGCAGGGCAGCCACGAGCAGUUAUGGUUCUCCAACUUCAGAAAGUCCUCAAAACAGAAGCUUCUCUCCUGAUUUCAGAACACUGUCAUCCAUCCAAUGCAGCCACCGAUCAAAGGACAACCAGAGUACAGAGUUUAAGCCUUUCACUUUUUUGGGACCUGAUGAUAAACAAGACACAUUCAACAUGACCCCAGAUGACCUCAACGGUCAGAGCAGCAGCUAUGGGAAGCCUGAUCUUACUGAUAAAUACCCGUCUGUUUUCAUGGUGGGUUCUCUUCAUGGCUACCAGCCAGCUGAGUGUUUGACCGGCGGAGUGAGGCCUGUCCCUGUCUGUCAGGACUACACAGAAGACACCAGCAGCAGCGAUGAUGAAGGAAAACUCAUCAUUGAGCUUUAAGGGGAAAGCUUUAGGGAAAUUAACAUGAAAUAUAUACACCUAUAUACCAAGGAAGACUGCCCAGGAGGUGCAGAUGUGGGUUGGGUUUGGAGCCAGAGGGUGUGAGGGAGCUCUUUAACAAUUCAGUGACCCAAACAUUUUGGGGUUUUCCACAUGACUCUACACACUUUGGGUGGUUUUCAUUUACAACUGAGAAAUUGUUUUAGUGGGGGAGCAGGUGAUGGCAGGGCAGUGGUACAAAACCAUAAUUAUGAGGUCAUCUACUCCCCCUUGAAACCAGUGACUCCACCCCUAGCUUACAAGUCUCACCCCCCUAGCCAAUCAGUGACUCCGCUGCUAGCUAGCUCAUAUACUGUCCUUCCCGCGUCUAGCUGUUCACUGAUGCUGAAUUAUCUAGAGAUUAUGGAACCCUCUUUAAAGAGCAAGUCACCCCCUACAAGAAACUUACUUCACUCCCACUUCAUGUUUGAAAAAUGCAACAAAUGCUGUUGCUUGGCAGACCAAGAGGGCGGAGCCGCUAACAAAUACACACACACACAGGCUCACAAUGGCAUUAUGACAUCAUAAUAUACCUGAUGACAUCAUAGCAUACCUCUUAGCCAAUAGCGGUGGCAGAUUUAAAUUCAAAUACAGUGCAGAAUUUUUCCCUGACAACGGCGCAACACUGACAGUUUUAGGCAGAAUAUUUGAUUAACCAAGAUGCACUGAACUGCCAAAUUAUUGACUACACGUGUCUGCAGCACGAUUAGACGCUUUAACAAGGACAAUUCUGUCCCUCAUUGUCCUUCACCUCUUCAUGUGCUCGGCCACCUCUAAACCCAUGUUUCCGGUCAUUUCCAUCCUCUUUACAGUCCUCCAGUUCCACGUGAAGAAAAUGUUCAUUUUAUAGUUUUUCCAGGAGGUAUUCUUCGAGCUUCUUCUUGUCUGCUGCUGGAUAUCUUCGGCUAUUUUCGUGGUUCUUAGGGCGCAAUGGUGGCACCGUCGAUGACAGCGGCGUCCCGACCAUUCACACGCUUGCAUUCUCAGUCUUGUUGGAGAUGUUUAGAAAAGAGAGCUUGACUCUAUCCAUCCUUGCAAGCCUGCUGGAGAGCCCUCGAAAGGAUGCAUGAUGACACUGCGUGCAUCCGUCCCGACGCAGACGGAGAAGUAUAAACUAGGCUUUACUCAAACACAAAGAUUCUGCUUACUUGCAUUGAUUUAGGUAUGCACUGCCCCUAUCGCCAGGGAAAACACACAAUGUCACUUUAAUGGAAUUUUUGUGUGAGAUUGACAAUUAUGAGAAAUUUUAUUCUGAAUUUAAACCAGUUCAUAAUACAGAAUCAGCUCCACUCUGGAGAUGUAAUCUUGGUGCUGUUGGCUGUAUUUGACACUGUGGACCAAGUCUUCUGAUAUCCCAUCAGCAACAUUUUGCUGGUGUUGGAGGCUUUGCCCUGGACUGGUUUGUGUCCUGCCAGAUGGAUAAUUCCUUUAGUGUCAUUCUGCAUCAUCCCGUUAGCUGCUGUCAUGUUCCCACAUCUCCCUUCUAGUCCAGUCACACCUCCCCCAGCCAAUGAUGGGCCAAUUUGAGCUGCUCUGAGUAGGUACUAAUGGAAAAGGCCUGUUAGAGAACACCGCAGUACCUGUAGAAAUCCCACAGCUUUCUGAAGAGAGCAUGGAAACGUCAGCCAGAUGGUGGGAAUUAAAAGCAGGACCCUGUUGCUGUGAGGCAACAAUUCUCACCACUGGUGCCCAAAGCACUGCUCAGAAUGUCACAAACCAAACAACACGAUUGUUUACAGUUUCAGGUAUUCCUUGUUGACACUGAUAUUUUGGUUUUGUACCUCAUCACCGGUGAAAUGGCCUCAUUAUAGUGGAGUUCAUCCAUAUGUAAAACGCAUGCCCAGUUUAGUUACUAUCCACUACAAUACUACAACCAGCCACAGAUAUGUUUACAGAUUAAAAUAACUUUUAUCAUAAUAAAAAUUCUUCUAAUGAACUUUGACCUUCCAUUAUCUUUUGGGAUGUAAAACAGCCUGAAUGAUCUUCACUGACAUGUUUACAUUCGAUCACUGACUAUUUUUGUCGCUCUGCUCUUUACCGUCUCUCUCUCUCUCUGUCUCACACACACACACGCGCACACACACACACACACACACACACACGCACACACACACACUUAUGAAAUGCUCCUGUUUCCUAUGAGUUCCCCAGACAACACCUGCUUUAAUGAAUCAUGCUAAAAAGCUGCCAAAUAAAGGAAUGUGUGUGUAUGAACUGGAACGAGGAUCAUUCCUGAGCUCCAGCUCAUGAUGACCUUUUGUUGCUCAGCCAUAAAACCUCACAAGUGAACUGGGCUGUCUUUGACACGUUAAAGGUUCUGUUGGACACAAAACGUCUGCGCCUGCAUGACUACGUGCACGUGGAUUUGUGUUGAUGUCACAUUUUAGUUUUAUAAACUUGUUACUGAAAGUAAAAGUAAACACCAGAGGAAUUCAAGCCAAACUUAUAAAUACAGGACUCAGUUUUCUAUUGUUUAACUAAAAGGAAACAAUAAAGUUUAUUCACAACA